GCACGAUUCACCUGCGCAAUUAUCGCAAACGCGUCAUUAAGCCUCCCCACCUGUCCUCCAUCUGGCACGCGGGGAAAUUGAAAAAUCGGCCCGUUCUCGUUAUCGCUGCACUAUCGUUGCGCUUUCACGCCGAUGUACGAUACCGCUACUACACUAAAUAGCACGUACGACGACGACGACGACGACGACGAAAAGGAGGAUCGGUUGACGAUCAACGAUUGACAUCAGUUUACAUCAGCCGGAAUAUAUCGAUCGUUAUUGACGAAAAAGAUCGUUCCCCGCCUCCUUCCCGUCCUUGAGCGAUACACGUAUACGUGCCGCGUACACUGCUGCGUGUCAUCAGUUAUUGAAACAAUAGGCCGGUACACAGCCGCGCCGCAUUCGGUUUCCUCCUUCGCGCGUCGUUCUGCGAGAGAGACGACUCCCAGGCUGCGAUCAGACUCCCCUCUCUGUCAGUACGUGCUUUACCCUCGCGCGGAUGACACUUUGUCUCUCGGCCGAUGCAUUCCCGCUCGAUACUCCGUUUCAUUCUCGAACAAACCAUUCCUUCGAACUUGGAAUCGAUUCGCUCGUUCUCGAUCUGCACGUUGAUCUGCAGCAGUUGAUCCCGUUCUCUUAUUACUUGUACCUUUCUCACUUUUGUUUCCCGACCGAAAUUAUAUUCAUGUAAAUACGUGCAUGAUAAAACUUGGCGGGACGAAUAUUUCUAUUUUUCUCCUUUCUCCUGUGUAUUGUCUAUUUUUCUUUUCUUCUCUUAUUUCUGCGAUAAAAAUUCACGGAAUAGAUCUGUGGCAUCUGUGACUCUGGAAAUGUCGGCGGAAACGUCGAGCGGUUUUCCCGUCGUCACAAUUCGCGCAAAUUUUCAUAAAGGAACAAACAAAGGUGACAUGUCGAGCUGUCGUGAUAUUUAAACCAGUACGCAGAGCGUGUCGCACGAGUUUGACGGACGAGGUGCGAUUCAGUCAAGGGUUGACAAGGCGAGAUCGUUCGCGAGAUGAAUGCCGAGGAAGUCAAAGUGGGCUGCUUUCAAAUGGUGCUGGUGCUGCUGCUCGGAAUAAACUAUGUCAUCGUAGCCAUGAGCCACGCGCUGCCGGUCUUUCAUAAUUACACGCCGAACUUUUAUUGCCAGACGAGGAAUUCGACGACGAGUAAGAGCUACGGCUGCCAAGACGUCGCGAAUUUAUCGAUCGAUGCGAACGUAAGUUUCGCGUCGGCGGAAGUGUCAGCUCCCGCGUCCUGUUCCGGUGAGUAUCGCUUUGUGACGGAGUUUACCGAGAGCAGCGUGGUCACCGAAUGGAGCUUGGUGUGCGAGAAGCGGUAUCUGUCUUUCCUCGGUCCGACCGCUUAUUACACCGGGGUGCUCUUGGGUGCGUGGAUCGCUGGACUUCUGGCCGAUCGUAUCGGCCGACUUCCUGUCCAAGCGAUCUGCCUUUAUGCGCAGGGCACGAUGGCGGUGGCACUCUACGUCGUACAGAAUUACCCCGCAUUCCUCGCGCUGCGUGCUCUUCAAGGAGUGUUCGCCCAGGGCCUGCAAAACUCUACGUACAUCCUCUGCUUGGAAUUAUUCCCAGCGCGAUCCCGCACCCUCGUCGCGCUGAUCAUGCAGAUCUCCUGGUCGAUCGGUCUCAUGCUGCUCGCGGUGCUCAGCUACGUGAUUCCGGACUGGCGAAUUUUGCAGUUGGCCGUCUCCGUGCCCACUGCGAUCACCGUGUUGUACAUUUGGAUUAUACCGGAAUCGCCAAGGUGGCUGCUCGCGAGGGGUAAAUCGACAGAGGCCGACAUGGCGCUCGAGAGAAUCGCGAAAUAUAACGGCUGCUGCUGCGGCAGGACGCGAACGGAGAACACGGCCGAACGAGGAGAGGCACGCGUGAGACGUAAAAGUAACACGACGCCGAUAAAACCGGAAAGGAAGUCGCGCAUGACCAGCGUCGAUCUACGGAGAGCGAGAUCCGAUGAAAACCACCAAGAAGAAGAAGAAGAAGAAGAAGAAGAAGAAGAAGAAGAAGCCACGAAUCUGUCAAACCGAUCGGAACCAAUCGAGCAAAAAGAGAUAAUUUCUCGGGCGAAUUCGGUGAGCGCCGAGAGCAAUGUGGAAUCACGCCGGGAGAAACGACGACGUUCCGCACAAGAUUUCGAUACGGAGAAUCUGCCUUCGAGCUCGAGAUGCGACAGAAAGUCAAAGGCGAUCUCGCAAUCAGGCCGCGUAAUCGGGGUGCAACGAGUCUCCCUGAGAGCCGCAGAGGAGGUGGUGCUGCGUAGUAGAGUCAGCGUAGCAGAGAAGGAGAGAGUGAGCGAAGAUGCAAAGAAAUCGGCGGAUCACGUCAAGGAACGAGCCGCGGGCAAGACCAAGAGCCCAAUGUUCAAGGACUCGUUCAAAUCGUCGACGUUGAGAAAAUACGGCGCGAUAAUGAGUUGUCAGUGGUUGACAUCUGCUAUGGUUUACGGCAUACUCGACGCCGAUCUCGCGCCGAAUUUCCCGCUCGACCGACACAUCACGUUCGCCCUGGGCGGAGCACUGGAGAUAGCGACGUACACGUUCGUCUAUUUCAUGUUGUCUAGAUACGGUAGACGAGUGUCCAUGUGCAUGUACCAAUCCCUCAAUGGUGUCACUUGUAUUUUAAUCGCGGCAUUGUUCAUUUCAAUCAGCACCACUGCACCGUGGACAGAUCUCGCGAAAACAAUAAUAGUGCUAUUUGGCAAAAUGAUCGUCACGAGUACCAUCUCCAUCGCCUAUCUAUAUACCGUCGAAACGUUCCCAACGGUGACACGAGGCAGUUGCUUGGGUUUGUGCGUGGUAUCUGCGAAAAUCGGUAGCCUGAGCAUGCCGCAUUUGCUGUUAUCGGGGCAACAUGUGCCACUUCCUGCGCCAUUACUAAUCGUUGGCAUAUUGUGCCUUGCCUCCGGUGCUCUGGCUCUGAUCUUACCGGAGACACUGAAUCGAGUUUUGCCGGACUGUGCGGCCGACGCGGAAAAUAUGCUCGGCGACUGCGGCAUCGACGUAGAAAACGACAUGUGUAAGGAAGAUUUGACGGAGAGGCAGAUACUGAGGGAGAAACUCUUCUCGGAAGAAUGGGUGGACGCCGGCAAUGGGAUUCUCGUGAAUUUCCCGGAAAAUAAAAGCACCGAGUAACGAGUGAAAUCGAGACGACUUUGCGUGCGAAACUUCUCAUAAAGUUAAUCGACGUUACCAAUCCGCUUAAUUCAUACGAAACGUCGUCCGAUUGCCGGUGCAAAAAUGUGCACGGUAAAAGAUCAGUUUAUUUUUGUUAAGUGGAUCGAUUACUUAUAUACUUUAUAAAUAUCGUAUAUCGUAUAAAUUGGCGAUAUAUGUACUAUUAUAUUUACAA